CAUCCAUACCCAACAUGAAGCUGUUGUAUGGAGUAACGUUAUUAGCGUUAAUUCAAACUUCGCUGCAAGCUACCGACUAUUGUGCUAUUGAAAAUUGUCCUGAGGGCAAGCACGUAGCCUGCAAUGCCUCUACGACUUUCGGGAAUCCAACUGGACAGUUAGUAAUACUGAAUGCUACCGAGCAAACGCUGAUUCUGAACCUUCACAACACCUAUCGAAAUAAAUUGCUUUGGGAACGGAGAAAAAUGGUGCUGGAAUAUUGUUCCCCAAGGCUUCUAGAAUGAGAACUAUGCGGUGGGACGAUGAGCUGGCAUAUUUAGCUGGAUCAAAUGCUAGACGUUGUGAAAUGCAACACGAUCAGUGUCGUAAUACCGAAAAUUUUCCUUACGCUGGCCAAAAUCUGGCAAUUUAUUCGACCAACGCAAGAAGCUUCAAUGUGACAGCACAAAUCGUAUCAAUGAUCAACGCUUGGUAUAAGGAAUCGUUGAACGUCAAUAUUAAAGACCUAGAAUCCUUGUCGGCACCAGAUUUUCCUAUCAUACAUUUCACCCAAAUUGUAAGAGAUACAUCGAAUGCCAUUGGUUGCGCUACAUCUACGUGGAAAGAAAAUGGUAUGACUUAUUUUUAUUUGGUGUGCAAUUAUGCAGUGGGCAAUUUGGUGGGAGAACAAGUCUAUUCGACGGGAUCAACCGCAUCAGGAUGCACAACUUCAAAUAAUUCACUUUAUACAGGCCUAUGUAGUACGCUCGAGCCUUAAAUAAAUAGUUAAAUCAACCAAAAUACAUGGAACUUUAAUAAAUUGGUUUUUGAACCCUAGGUUUGUUUCAAUGCAUUGUUUGUAUUGGUUUAUAAAAUUGUUUUAAAAAGUACGAUGCAACAAACGAACAUUUGUUUUAUUACUCCUCGUACGGAUCUUUACUUUAGGAG